GCACUGCUUUUAUUCUUCCUUUUGAAAAACUGGGUACUCUAGACUAGAGCCAGCAGUACAUCACUCACAUUCCUAAUUUGUUGUAAAAAUUAAUAAUAACCUACUUAUUUGGAAGAUGGUCGCCAAACAGAGGAUUCGUAUGGCCAACGAAAAACACAGCAAGAAUAUCACGCAAAGAGGCAACGUAGCCAAGUCCACGAGAAACCCUCAGGAUGAUAAGGUGGCCGUGGGACCCUGGCUGUUGGCGCUCUUCAUCUUUGUGGUGUGUGGAUCAGCUAUCUUCCAGAUAAUUCAGAGCAUUCGAAUGGGCAUGUAGGAUGACAUGUUCACCCCGUCCAUUCCACUCAGUAUCUGUCCAACCAAGAAACACCUCUGUCUCCGCUCUAUGACGUCCCAUUAUCCUUCACUCAAUAUUCUCAGUCUUCUUAAGCUGCACAAAGCUAGGCCAAGGACGAUGAGCCACUGUCUUGCACUUUUAGUGACUUUUUGUUCUUAACUUUUCUUAUUUUGUUUCAACCUUUUCUAUAUUAUUUGUCUUUCUGGUUACUUUUGGCAAGCUCUAUCAAGUCAUUCCUUCCUUGUGCCUUAAAUGAUAAAGGUGAACACUUUCCAGCACAAAAAAAGCCAUAAGGUUCAUUCCAAUAGUGGGUUUUCUGAAAUAAUAAGGUAAUGUGUUCUGUCAAUCUCAGGCAAGUUGGCCAUCUUGUGGAAUCAUGAGCUCUGUUUCUGUUUUUUUUUUGGAAGUCUUAUUUGCCACCACUUUGUUGUAAUUUUUGUGUAAUAUGAACAAUACAAUUUCCACUUUAAUUUAGUAUAUUGAAAGAAAUUAAUUUAAUAAAAGAUGAUAAUUGGUACAUUA